AUGGGUCCAUUAAACAUUCCCGGUUUCCGGGACGCAGCUGUCAAAGAGUACGGUGAGUGGCUUGCCUCGAGUGUAGAGGAUAACACCCUCAAAGAAGCAUUUCGACAAGCCUGUGACGUAACGCUGUCAGAUGGCUUUGACCUUGAGCACAUCUAUAAGGACCAAAACACAGAAUUUUUCGUUGCCAAGGGGAUUAAACCCGGAAUUGCCCGAAGUUUCGUGGAGAAUAUUCGUGACUGGGUUGAGAACGUGAAGAAAGCAGUACCGAUUGUCGAUGUGGUAUAA